UGAAAUUGAUAAAUUUCUAAUAUAUGUGAAAUUAAGAUGAUUUAGUGAAAUAUAUUUACUAAUCCGUUUAAGAACCCCAUUCUUUUAUUAUUAUCAUAUUAAAUAGCUAAAGUCUACUGUUAAGAUGUUAGUUACUAAACGAAGCAUAUACAGUGUCAUAGCUAGAAGGUAUCCAAUCUAUUUAGUUUCCAAUGCUCAUCCCCGCUUAAUAAAGUUCAAAUCAACUGCAACUAUAUCUCCAAAUGCAAGUUCUAAUCCUCAAUUAGCUUUUCCUUGUCUUGAUAGAUUAGAGAAGAAGAAUGAGGAAUUAACCAAUUCAUAUGCAUGUUCUACUAAUGAUCCAAAUGUCAAUUCAUUGGAAGCUGGUCCAGAACCUUCAUAUUCUAAAGUUCAAACAGGAUUCAAAGUAUUUAAGUCACAAAAACCUAUAUUCUUUGAUAAUGGAGGAUAUUUACCUGAAUAUGAGUUAGCAUAUGAAACAUGGGGAGAACUCAAUGAAGCCAAAGAUAAUAUAAUCUUAGUCCAUACUGGUCUUUCAGCAUCAUCUCAUGCCAAAUCUCAACCUGAUAAUUCUAAACCUGGUUGGUGGGAAGGUUUCAUAGGUUCAGGAAAAUACUUGGAUACUGACAAAUAUUUCAUUAUUUGUACAAAUGUAAUUGGAGGGUGUUAUGGUUCCACGGGUCCAUCAUCUAAGGACCCAGCUGAUAAUAAUUAUUUUGGUACCAGGUUCCCAGUUAUAACUGUAAAUGAUAUGGUUAGAGCUCAACAUGAAUUAAUCAAAACUGUAUAUAAUGUAUCCAAAAUUCAUGCUUCAGUAGGUGCAUCAAUGGGUGGAAUGCAAUCAUUGGCUUAUGCUAUGGAAUUUCCUGAAGAAGUUGGUAAAAUUGUUUCUAUAAGUGGUUGUGCUAGAUCUCACCCAUAUUCAAUUGCAUUAAGACAUUGUCAAAGACAAGUAUUGAUGAGUGAUCCCAAUUGGAAAAGAGGCUUCUAUUAUGAUAGUGUCCCUCCUCAUGUUGGUAUGAAAUUAGCUAGAGAAAUUGCUACUGUGACAUAUCGUUCAGGUCCAGAAUGGGAGUAUAGAUUUGGUAGAAAUAGAGCGGAUGAUUCUAAACCACCUGCAUUCUGUCCUGAUUUCUUAGUUGAAACAUACUUGGAUCAUGCAGGUGAAAAAUUCUGUUUGGAAUAUGAUGCCAAUUCGUUAUUGUAUGUCCUGAAAGCUAUGGAUUUAUUUGAUUUGGGACAUAACGGCAGAACAAGAGCAGCAAAGAUAAGGCAGGAAACUGAGAAAAAGUAUAAUGAACAAAGAGAGCUUAGUGAAGAAUUCUCUGUACCUGAAGAACCUUAUAAAGAAACAGCAGAAUCUGCUACCACCACACCAGAGGAAUCUUUACAAGAUUUGAAACACGGUAUGGCAAAGAUUGCCCACAAGGAUAUCCUUGUUAUUGGUGUUGAAUCAGAUAUUUUAUUUCCAGUUUGGCAACAGAGAGAAAUUGCUGAUGUACUUAAACACAAUAAAAAGGGUGGUGAUAUUAGAUACUUUGAAUUAGGUACUAAUGUUAGUAAUUACGGACAUGAUACAUUCUUAUUAAGUUUGGAUCAUAUUGGACCUCCAGUGAAAGACUUUUUACAAUCAAAAUAAACUUUUUGGCGUAAACAAAGACGUUUUAUGUAUUAAUACAAAAUGC